AUGGCUAAGAAGUUUGGCUGCCAUCUCGAAUGCCCUUUUGUGCACCUCCUCCAUAUCGGGGAUUUCCUCCUCAAGCUCCGCAUCUCUAGCUUCCAAGUCAUAUAUCCCCUUCUAGAUCUCCUAAAAUUCCUACCUCCAGCAACAAAGACGACGGACUUUUUCGGAGAUCAAUUGUUAUUUGUAGAAAUCAUUCUCUUGACCCAAGUUAUCUUGGAUUUUGCUAAAUUGGACUCGAUGUCUGAAGAGCCAAGUUUCCUAAUGGGACUAACCACUAAGGUCCCUGUUGUCGCUUUGCCCACCUCGUUCAUUCAAGAAUGGCUGCGUAUAACAAAUAGAAUCUGGCUAUGGCUUGGUCUCCCUCUCGCUCUUGCUUGCAUGACUGGGACAUCUGACUCUGUCUUCUUCCUCUUCCUGGAUCGCAUUCCCCCAUUUAUAUGGACUCCCUUGUUACUACGCUCAGUGCUUCACUAUCACGAUGGCAGUGACACUGACUGUGCGAAGCUGAAUUUCUUUUGGAAGGCUAGAAAUAUCCAAUUUGAAAGUACUCCAAAGAGAUCUCUACCGGCAAUUAAUCAGCCCAAAAUCAACGAUUUGAAACUUCCUUCGUAA